GGUUUCCAAUAGUGGCGGUCCACCGGGAACUUAAGUAGACGAGAGGGGAAACAAAUUAAAAAGCCUCUCUUUCUCUCUCUCUCUCCCUCACAUUGGCUUGUAGUCGAGUCUCUCCAAUCAUAAUAUCUGAGAAGCCCUCGGCCUCUCUCCCUCGACGGUUUCAGGAAUGUAGAGAGGAGAGUAUUCUGGCUGUGGCAGUUGCUGGGAGAUGGAGGGUUGUGACUGCAUUGAGCCGCAAUGGCCUGCAGAUGAGCUUUUGGUGAAGUAUCAGUAUAUAUCGGACUUCUUUAUAGCACUUGCAUAUUUCUCGAUACCUCUUGAGCUCAUUUAUUUUGUGAAGAAGUCUUCAUUCUUCCCCUAUAGGUGGGUGUUGAUACAGUUCGGUGCUUUCAUUGUUCUUUGUGGAGCAACUCACUUGAUUAAUUUAUGGACUUUCACUAUGCACUCGAAAACACUUUCCAUAGUAAUGACGAUAGCAAAGAUUUCGACUGCCGUAGUGUCAUGUGCAACUGCAUUGAUGCUUGUGCAUAUAAUUCCUGAUUUGUUGAGUGUGAAAACAAGGGAGCUUUUUCUGAAGAAUAAGGCUGAGGAGCUUGAUAGGGAGAUGGGCCUUAUAAGAACACAGGAAGAGACAGGGAGGCAUGUCCGAAUGCUGACGCAUGAAAUCAGAAGCACACUUGACAGGCACACUAUAUUGAAGACUACACUUGUUGAGCUAGGGAGGACUUUGGAUCUGGCAGAAUGCGCACUGUGGAUGCCAUCUCGUAGUGGUUUAAAUCUUCAGCUUUCUCACACUCUGCACCACCAAAUAACUGUUGGAUCUGUCGUGUCUAUUAACCUACCAAUUGUCAAUCAAGUUUUCAGUAGUAACCGUGCAAUAAGGAUUCCGCAUACGUGUCCACUAGCAAGGAUCCGGCCACUUACAGGAAGAUAUGUGCCACCAGAAGUUGUUGCUGUCCGUGUACCACUGUUACAUCUUUCGAAUUUCCAAACAAAUGAUUGGCCUGAAUCUGCAAAAAGCUAUGCAAUAAUGGUUUUAAUGCUCCCAUCAGAUAGUGCAAGAAAGUGGCAUGUCCAUGAACUGGAGCUUGUGGAGGUGGUUGCUGAUCAGGUAGCAGUCGCACUUUCUCAUGCUGCAAUUCUAGAAGAGUCUAUGCAGGCACGUGACCUACUCAUGGAGCAAAAUGUUGCUCUAGAUUUAGCUCGUCGGGAGGCAGAAAUGGCAAUUCGUGCUCGCAAUGAUUUUCUAGCUGUCAUGAACCAUGAAAUGCGGACUCCUAUGCAUGCAAUCAUUGCUCUGUCCUCCCUGCUUCUGGAAACCGAGCUAACACCAGAGCAGCGCUUGAUGGUGGAAACUGUAUUAAAAAGUAGUAACCUUCUAGCAACACUCAUAAAUGAUGUUUUAGAUCUUUCUAAGCUUGAGGAUGGGAGCCUUGAGUUGGAGAUUGCAGCUUUCAAUCUUCAUUCUGUUUUCACAGAGGCCAUUAAUUUGAUAAAGCCGAUAGCAGCUGUAAAGAAGCUCGCAGUAUUGGUUACACUGGCACCUGACCUGCCUUUGUGUGCCAUUGGUGAUGAAAAGCGGCUUAUGCAAGCUAUUUUAAAUAUUGCUGGUAAUGCUGUCAAGUUCACAAAGGAGGGCCAUAUAUCGAUAAUGGCUUGUGUUGCGAAACCAGAUUCUCUAAGAGACCCUCGAGCUCCUGAAUUUUAUCCAGUUGCUGGUGAUGGGCACUUCUACUUGCGCGUGCAGGUAAAGGAUACUGGUUGUGGGAUCAAUCCCCAAGAUUUACCGCACAUCUUUACCAAGUUCGCACGCUCUCAAAGUGGAGCAAACAAAGGUUAUAGUGGAAGUGGACUCGGGCUUGCCAUUUGUAGGAGGUUUAUAAGUCUCAUGGAAGGACACAUCUGGCUUGAGAGUGAAGGUGUGGGUAAAGGUUGCACUGCAACAUUUAUUGUCAAACUUGGUGUAUGUGAACAAUCAAACAGUCAUCUUCAACAAAUUGUGCCAGUGACUGGGUCAGAUGAUGGAGAUGCCGAUCGUUCUGGUCCAAGAGCACCCUUUAGAGAUGGGAAUGUUCUGCUUCCCUCCAGGCUCCGGUACCAGAGAAGUGUAUAGAUGUUAUCGAAGAAAUAGUCCUGCAUGAUGGAGCAUCACAACUUGAAAAGCAAUGAUUCGUGGAACCAGUUUUGUGACAGUUCAAGGCAAGGGACUGUUCAUCCAGCAACACAAGUUAAGAGGAUCCUGAUGGUUUAGUGAUGAUCAUGAGCUGAGGUGAUUAGAUCUGCAGCCAGGCUAGGCUGAAUUGAGCAGCAAGUUGCCUGAUGGGAUUUAUGUUUCGCAAGUUGUAUGUUGGGAGCUUCACUUGCUUCCCAUCAAAAGCAUUCUGAUUUGCUAAUUGUAAUAAAUCUACUGGAGAAAUAGUAUUAGUUUUCUUGAACUUGUCAACCAGAUUGGCAUUGCUUAGGAUGCAUGCUUGUCUUGUAUUUGGAGAAAGAACUAUGAAUCUUAUAUAAUCUGAGUAUAAAUAAUUUA